AUGAGCACUGCUCCCAGUAUUGCCAGUGGUCUUGGCUCGUAUGUUCACCAUGUGAGACAUUCGAAGAGAGCUUCCAAAAGGAUGAUGGCCAAUCCCUAUGCUUGUGAUGUGCACCUGGACGAGCUGGGCCCCGAUCAUACGAUCAUCGAUUUCGCCUUUAUUUCUGAAGAAAACUUCCUUCUGGUGGUUCUUCUGGCAUCAAGCGGAGAUGUCCAAACCUACUGUGAAGUGGCAAGUGACAAAGCCCGGAAAAGUUUAACUCGUAGACAUUCACUCUGUUGUCAGUACGUCGAGCCAGUCACUGUUUGUUUGGGACCUGAAGCCACUUUCGCUGCUUUUGGUCUUUCAGAUGGAGAUAUUCUACUAACUCCCAUUAAAACUUUGAUGGAUGUACCCUGGGGAGCGUCACGUUGGUUGCCGGAGAACAGAUCCGUGGUCAUUUCUAUUCCAAGUUCAGGAGUGAACGAUUGCCUUCUGACUCCAACAUGCAUGCGGUGCUUUGUCACCAAAAAUCCGCCUCGACCGUUGCUUGUUUUUUCCAACAAGGCAGGAACCAUCAUGUUUGUGGAUUUACGCAGUCGGAAAUGUGUUGCUGAGUUAAAUGCACCACAAAGUAUCCAUGAAGUGGAGAUUUUGCAAAGCAAAGAUAAUGCCGAAGUCAUUGUUGAACCCGCUUCGUCGCAUCUCAGUGGAAACACAGAAGGAGUCGUGUUAUUAAACAGCGUAGAAAAUUUCGCUGAGCUUUAUGAUGUUUUUCCAUGUGUUGGUGCACCUCCAAAGAAACGUUUUAAGAUUCCUCCAGAAACGUGGAUGGUCCACUACACAGAUAGUGUCUUAUUUACAGUUUCGAAACAAGCAGAAUUGAAUGCGGUUCGUUUGGAGUUUUCGAUAGUAAAGGGGGCGUGUGGGUGGAGACCGUUAGGUUUUGUGCCACUUUCACUUCGAAGAGCACAGCUUCCAUCAUGUCUGCUAAUUAACGAGCGUGGUCUGCUCAGUAUAAUUCCAAGCUUGGUUUCGGCUCGAUGCGGCAAAAAAAUGACACAUGACGAUCUUUCUCGGAUACUUUCUAUGGCAAAAACUGUUGGGCUGGAAAUCGAUGAGCUCGUGAAUAUUUUCGCAAACCACAAGCAAGAAGAGCAGCUGUUGCCUGAGAUUUUGCGAAUAGUAGAAUCUGAUGGCAAUUCUUCAUUACGAAAGAAAGUAGUUGAGCUUUACGUUCGGAGAAGCGAAGUUUCGACAUUGUCGAGCGAUGGAGCUUGUGUUUCUGAGACUCGAUUAGCAAUUGACAGUGAACUCAGUGCCUUUCUGUCUCGACAUGUCAAUGUGGAUAAGGGAGCAAGAAUUUGUGCUGAGGCUCAGUUAUGGCGAAGUGCAACCUUGCUUGCAUUGAGGCAACGGACACACCAAGAAGAGGUCCUCAGAGUCCUCAUAUGCAACGGUGCGAAAAACUGGUCAACCGCUGUACCAUCUGUGAGAUCACUGAUGAUGACAUGUGCUGCCAAUCUCGAUUGGGCCGAAUUGAGAGAUGAGGAAGUUGGGGUUCUUGUGUCACUACUAUGUGACUGGCAAGCUGCACUGAAUUCAAUUUCUUAUCACGAAAGCUGUCUACGGCUUUCUGUAAAGUACAUGUCAACGUAA